AAAAUGUUUAUUUCCUUUAAUUACAUUAAUUUUUUUUACUAAAGAAUCAUAAAAGCUUACGAAAUCAAAUUGUAAUUCUAAUCAGAACCAUUCGACCAAAAUUGAAAGAGAAAAAUUUGAGGGGCUCUAGGUGACAUAAAAAGGAUUACAAAUAGGGAAUAUAAACUCCUAAGAAUAAUUUUAAAAUCAUGAAUUAUUCAAGUGAUGAGGACUUAUCGGAAAAUGAUAAGAAAAGCAUUGAUUUACAUAGUAGGAUGGAAGUCAGUGAUACAAUUCAUCCUUUGACUCCGGGAAAAAUCCUCCUGAAGUCAUGGCUCAAUCGUACUUUUCGCGUAGUUAUGACAGACGGAAGAAUAUUAAUUGGAGUAUUUUUAUGUACUGAUGUUGAGGCUAAUGUUAUAUUAGGUAUGUGCUCUGAAUAUACCGAAGAAGGUGGUGAAGAACGAAUACUUGGGCUAGUCAUGAUACCCGGUCGACAUAUCAUCUCAAUGGAAGUGGAUACUAGUGGACAACAAUUUGAUGCAUAACUUAAUGUAAAGUAAACUAUAUUUCUAAAUAUAUGUACAGAAUACACAUUAA